ACAAUGGCCAUGAUACAUUCUAAUACUUCUCAUCUUCCACAUACCUUCUUCUUGGCUGGCAUCCCAGGCCUGACGGCUGCCCACCUUUGGAUAUCCCUUCCCUUUGGCUUCUUGUUUCUCCUGUCACUGAUUGGGAAUGCUGUCCUGCUUUUGCUCAUCUCGACAGAACGCAGGCUUCACCAGCCCAUGUUUUUGUUUCUUGCCAUGCUUUCCUUUGUCGACCUCGUCCUCUCCCUCUCCACACUACCCAAGAUGCUGGGUAUUUUCUGGUUUGGUGCUACGGCCAUCAGCUCUCACUCCUGUCUUUUUCAGAUGUUUGUCAUCCAUGCAUUCUCUGCCAUGGAGUCAGGGGUGCUGGUGGCCAUGGCCUUGGACCGCUUUGUGGCUAUCUGUAACCCACUGCAUUAUGCAACCAUUCUUACUCCUGGUGCUGUCAUCAAGAUAGGAGGCCUGGUGGUGCUGCGAGGUGUGGGGUUGACCAUCUUCUUUCCAAGCCUGGCCAAUCGGCUCUCUUACUGUGGUUCACACACAAUUCCUUAUACCUACUGUGAGCACAUGGCUGUGGUGAAGCUGGCCUGUGGAGAGACAACUGUGGAUAGUCUUUAUGCCUUUGCUGUGGCAAUCUUUCUUGGUGUGGGAGAUGUGGCCUUUAUUGCCUACUCUUAUGGGCAGAUUGUAAAGACGGUGAUGUGUUCUUCACCUGAAGCUCGCACUAAAGCAGGCAGGACCUGCACAGCCCAUGUCUGUGUCAUCCUCUUUUUUUAUGGACCGGGCUUUCUUUCUGUGAUCAUGCAGCGCUUUGGGCCACCCACAGCCUCUGCUGCCAGGGUCAUCCUUGCCAACCUCUACUUACUCUUCCCCCCUGCCUUGGACCCCAUUGUCUACGGGGUUAAAACCAAGCAGAUCAGAGAGUGUCUGUUUACAGUUCUAAGCCACAAGAGGAUUGAACCCCCUUGAGUGUUAUUCUCAUCAUCUA